AUGUUUACCUGCCAGCAUCUGCUGUUCACUGAGCUGUCUGUGAUCUCACCGGCCAAUCAGAACAGCCCUGUAGGAGAACAGCCAAUCAGAAAGAGUGCUGUGUUUUCUCCAGAAGAGCUGAAAGGGCACUUGCGUGUCUCGUACCCCUCUCCCACAUCACGCACAGCCCCUUCGCCAGCACGGACAGAACAAAUAGCUGUGACCCCUGGAGCUCAGCCAAUCGGAGCAGCCCAUCAGGUCAAGAGAAUGUCCGACAGCAUUCGACUGCAGCGUCUGAAGUCACUAAACGUCUUCCAUCGAUGUCGAGCUUUCACAGAGAUUCGUAUCUCUCUGUCAGAAGUGCCGAGAGCUGCACGGAUCAAUUCUUCUGAUCACAGCAGUGAUAGUUUUGUGUCUUCUGUGUGUUCAUCAUCUCCUCUGACGCUUCCUGCAGCAGGAGCCAAUCAGUGGCCACAAUCCACUGGACAGACAUCACUGCCAGCCAAUUACAAUCCUCCGCUGCAUUCGCUGUCUGUGAACAAACACAACACAUCUGGUUACACACAGACACACUUAACAAACGAUUCUGUCUGUCUGAAUGUGUGUCAGAUUGAGGACAGACUCGACCGGCUCGAAGAUGCGAUUCAUGUUCUACGAAAUCAUGCAGUGGGUGUGGCCAAUGCUGACCUGACCAAUGAUCUGUGCAGCCUGUUUGGACCAAUCACAUCCAUGCGGCCCAACUUACCCAUCUGUGGCAUAAUGAGUAACAGAACAUCAGUGGUUCGUGAAUCUGCUGGUGUGGCGAUGCGGUCAUCAGUAGCCCAACCCACAUCUGACAGCACCAAUCAGAGAGACAGACAUAGAGGUGUGUUGAGGUGUGUGGAGUUUAAAUCAGAGCGUGUUGAUGUCCAGCGCAACUCAUCUGAUGAAGACAUCAGGGCGAGUGUUCAUGAGGAUGAGAACUUGAGUCCGGAGCAGAAAGCCGGGCGCGAGCGUGAGAGGAGAAUGGUGAAUAAUGCUCGCGAGCGACUGCGUGUGCACGACAUCAACGAGGCGUUUAAAGAGCUCGGUCACAUGUGUCACUUACACCUGCAGAACGACAAACCGCAGACCAAACUGCUCAUUCUGCAUCAGGCCGUCACUGUGAUCCUGAGCCUAGAACAGCAGGUCAGAGAGCGCAAUCUGAACCCAAAGACUGCGUGUCUGCACAGAAGAGAAGACGAGAAAUCCUCCAACGUCAGUCUCGACCCACAAUUUAUGAACAUCCACAACAUACAGAACAACAUGUGAGACGUGUGUUCAGAUCAUUAGUUCAGUCCAAACACUCUCGUUACAGGAUUAACACACAAUCAAACAUGUUACCAUCAGAUGUGUUGUUGUCUGCACAACAUUAUGCCAGCGUUCCCUCAACACUGUGUAUAUGUACACACAACACCUGACAAACCUGUUCAUGAGUGUGAAACUGAAGCGAUUCUCGUGAUCCAGUAAACUGAGAAACAGUCAAACGCUUUUAUUAACAAAUAAAAUAACUUUGAUUUCUCUGUAGCGAUCGCUUUCAUUCAUGUGUUUAGGAAACAUGAUGUUGAUGAUCAUUGAAUACUUCAGAAUCGAUGAAAGCAGAUGAUUAUAAUAUUAGCAUUAUUUCUGUAAAAUCUCUUUUUAUUACCUAGACUACACACAUAUACAUAUAUAUAUAUAUAUAUACACACAUUCCUCAGAUGUAAACAACGAGUAUUUCAAUAAAGUUUAUCAGAUAACUCUGAACUGUGAUCUCUGUUUUCUUAAGAAAAGAAUCCAAAUGUUUGCCAGAU